CUCACUAUGGGCAGCACAUAAGGCGGUGGUCAGAGGCACACUAAUUGAACAGGCCACCAGACUCAAAAAACAGAAGCUCAAAGAAUUAGAACACCAUAUAACCUGCCUGAAAAUCGCCUCGGCCCAACACAAAAUCGAUCCCUCCCUAGACAAGCUAGCGCAAAUACAAACCCACCAACGGGCUAUCAAAACCUUCAUGGCCAAAGACUCCAAAAAGGCGCUCCUAUGGACUAAACAACUAUUCUACGAUAAAUCCAAUAAAGCGGACUCGCUUUUAGCCCGCAAACUCCGCCAAAAAACGUGA